CUCUCUUUCCCGGUGGGAUGGAAGUCACCGGUAAUCCUCCUCCUCCCCGGUAGCAAGCGGCGGGGCGAGUCCGGUGCCAAAAUGCUGGGCAUGUACGUGCCGGAUAGGUUUGCCCUGAAGUCGUCAAAAGUGCAGGACGGGAUGGGGCUCUACACGGCCCGCAAAGUCAAAAAGGGUGAAAAAUUUGGCCCCUUUGCAGGGGAGAAGCGAAUGCCGCAGGAACUGGAUGAGAACACAGACUGCAGGCUCAUGUGGGAAGUUCGUGGGAGUAAAGGUGAAGUCCUGUAUAUCCUGGAUGCAAGCAAUCCACGCCAUUCUAAUUGGCUGCGUUUUGUCCAUGAGGCUCCAUCACAGGAACAGAAGAACCUGGCAGCCAUCCAGGAAGGGGAAAAUAUUUUCUAUCUGGCUGUGGAAGAUAUUGAAACAGACACAGAACUUCUGAUUGGGUACUUGGACAGUGACAUGGAAGAAGAGGAGGAGGAGGAAGAAGUAACUGUUAUCCAGGAAGAUGAAGACAGUGGCAACAAUAAAGAAGUGCAAGCAGCUGGCGAAAAAACUGCGGAUCCCCUCACCUGUAAAGAGGACCACGCAUGCCCAAACUGUGAAUCCAGUUUUGCCAGCCAGGAGAUUCUAGCUGAACAUCUUCAGACUUUGCACCAAAAACCCAGUGAGGAAAAGGAAUUUAAGUGCCGAAACUGUGGAAAGAAAUUCCCUGUUAAACAAGCUCUACAAAGACAUGUACUUCAGUGCUCAGAGAAUGUCAGCCCAGGAGACUCUUCGAGGAGUUUUCAGUGCUCUGUUUGCAAUACUUCCUUCAGCUCAGAAUCGAGUUACGAACAGCACAAGGAGGCAUGCAGAGGGGAUGCCAGAUUCAUAUGCAAGGCAGAUAGCUGCGGGAAGAGGUUCAAGAGUAAGGAUGCCCUGAAAAAACAUAAAGAAAAUGUUCACAGUGGAAAUUCUAGGAAGAAGCUGAUGUGUUCAGUGUGCAAUAAGAAAUGUUCUUCAGCAACAAAUCUCCAAGAGCAUCGAAAGGUCCAUGAGAUCUUUGAGUGUCAGGAAUGUGACAAGAAAUUUAUUUCGGCUAACCAGCUAAAACGCCAUAUGAUAACUCACUCAGAAAAACGCCCCUACACCUGCGAGGUUUGCAAUAAGUCCUUCAAACGACUUGAUCAAGUGACUGCACACAAAAUAAUACACAGUGAAGAUAAACCUUAUAAAUGCAAGCUUUGUGGAAAGGGAUUUGCCCACAGAAAUGUUUACAAGAAUCACAAGAAGACCCAUUCUGAAGAGAGACCAUUCCAGUGUGAGGAAUGCAAAGCUCUGUUCCGAACCCCGUUCUCUCUACAGAGACAUCUGUUAAUCCAUAACAGUGAGAGGACCUUCAAGUGUGACCACUGUGAUGCUACUUUCAAAAGAAAGGACACAUUAAAUGUUCAUAUUCAAGUUGUACACGAUGGACAUAAGAAAUACAAGUGUGACCUCUGUGACAAAGCUUUUGUGACGCCCUCAGUCCUGAAGAGUCAUAAAAAAACUCACACGGGAGAAAAGGAGAAGAUUUGCCCAUAUUGCGGACAGAAGUUUGCAAGCAAUGGAACGCUGAGAGUUCAUAUUCGAAGCCAUACAGGUGAGCGUCCUUACCAGUGUCCUUACUGCGACAAAGCUUUCAGCAAGAAUGAUGGAUUGAAGAUGCAUAUUCGCACCCACACAAGGGAAAAGCCGUACCAAUGUUCAGAGUGUAACAAGGCUUUCAGUCAAAAGCGAGGCCUGGAUGAGCACAUGAGAACCCACACCGGAGAGAAGCCGUUUCAGUGUGAUGCAUUUGGAACAGACGUUACAGUACAGGAUUGUGCGACGCAUAAAAGUAAUACUUCUGUAGCCUGUUUGAUGAAGGUGCUACGGUUUAUUCACGUGGCUGUUUCUGUGUCUGUUUGCGAUCUGUCCUUCAGCCUGAAGAAAAUGCUGAUCCGACACAAGCUGACUCACAACCCCAAUCGGCCGAUGGCAGAAUGCCAGCUUUGCCACAAGAAGUUUACGAGAAACGACUACCUCAAAGUGCACAUGGAAAAUGUCCAUGGCGAAACCGACAGCUAGUUACGGCCUGUGUGAGAAUGGGUCUCGCGUUCCCGUGCGCUCCCUUUGUGCGUGUACGAACUCCAGACUUCUCACCUGACUUGUAAGCGUAGUCAGCGGAAACAACUGUAGUGUGUUCACGUGUUCUUUUUCCUACUUUUUUUAAAAAAUCUUACAGUGGGAUAAAAACCAAAGCAGGACAUUCACCGAAUGUAAAUCAUGGCUUGAAAAUACAGAAGUCGAAGAUAAAAGAACUUUGGGAAAAUUUUAUCCUCAUUAAAAAAAAAAAGGGGUGGGGGGAAAGCUUUACGCAAACUUCACGUUCUCAGUUACAGCCUCAGAAACUUAGAUACUGGUAGCGUUAC